AUGCAGUUCCAGCUCGCCUCUCUUCUUGCUCUCGGCCUCGCGGUCUGCAACGUCCUGGCUGCUCCAGUCUCCGGAGAUGCUCUUGUUCCUCGCGAGGAGCAGGCCGCGCAGACGUCCAACGACUUCAUCGAUGACGCUGCUCGCGCAGCAGGCGAUUUCUCUGCCGCUUACCAGAAUGGCCGUGACUACCGAUAUGGACGCAACAACCCGUAUGACCGCGAUUACUACUAUGAUGGCCCCUACCAGAAUGAUCCUUACGGCCGACACCGCUAUGGCCCUGGAUAUGACAGAUAUGGAAACGGCCGUGGUCCAUGGUGGAACUAG